AUGGACCCCUUGAGCAUCGCAACGAAUGUGCUCCGGAUCAUUACGACUUUCCUCGGAGCUGCCAAGGAUCUCAAUGAGAUACGGAAUAAAUGGCAGAACGCGCCCACUACCGUGUUAUCCCUCUGUGCCCAGCUCAAACUCAAUGGGGCCUUACUUUCGCGGUUGCAGACACUACUUCUGGACGAUACAAAUCCUGUGCAUGCGGAGCCACCCGUGGUCGAUGCGCUCGAAACGACUCUGAUAAGUUGGCUCGCGCUGGGGUCAUGCCUCGGGGAGUACGUGUCGAAGAUCAUGAAGGGCGUCCAGGGUGAUCGCAGCAUGAGCUCGAAAGCCAAAUUUUGGACUCUGUGGAAUGAGGCUGAAGUCAAGGACUUGUUGGAACAACUGCAUCAACAGUAUUCUGCGAUCAACACGUUGAUCGGCCCGCUGAAUAGGUGA